AUGUUUUGGCAUCGAGUGCAAACGGACAUGGCGUCAGGAGCCAUCGGCGAGCGCGACAAAGGCUCGCUUCCCCACAAAUGCAUGGAAACGUUGAUUGACCUGAAUAGGCUGGACUCGGGACAUCCACACAAAAGUCCGUCACUUGACUCAACUGAAGGCAAAAAGUGCCCGAUUCCCGGAAUUCGCGUGGAUGCAAUUGAAUAA